CGUCUCCAAAUUCCUUUCGAUCUCGCUCUUCCAUGUCCGCAGCUACCACUACUACUACGACAACCGCCGUCGGCAGCGACCCGACGACGUCCGUGUCGCACGCGUGGGAGGACAACCGUAGUCAGAAUGCGUGGGACCAGGCGGUGCGGGAAGACGCCACGGGUCGCAUCGUCGUGGCCUCGGGAGACACACUCGCGCAAGCCAUUCGCAAACGUCGGAAGCGAUUGACGCAGAACGACUACGCCCAACGCAAUCGACGUGUCGUCCGGGACAUGAUACGCUACGUCUACGUCUUGAUCGACGUCUCGCGUUGGAUGCGCGUCAAAGAUCCGGUACUGCCACCCGGCACACGCAUCGACGUCACCGUCGCGCAUUUACAACACUUUGUACAAGAAUACUACGACCAGAACCCGCUGUCCCAGCUCGGAUUUGUCCUGCUCAAAAACGGGGAAGCCGAAAUACUCACGCAGCUUUCCAGUAGUAGCAAAACGCACAAACUCGCUCUGGACUCGGUGGCGCAAAUGGCCGCCGCCGAAGGUCCCAGUGGCGGCGGCGAAUUCUCUCUCCAAAACGGCCUAGAACUCGCCGGUCGCUCCUUGGGUCACCAACCAUCGCACGGCAGUCGCGAAAUCGUCCUAGUCACCGCCGCUCUCUCCACCUGCGAUCCGGGAUACCUCCUCACCGAAACCCUCCCCCGCCUCCGCCAGGCACAAAUCCGCGUCAGCUGCCUCGCACUCAACGCCGAACUACACGUCUGUCGUAAACUCGCCGACGAAACACACGGCGUCCUGGGCGUUUGUCUCGAUCGGGCCCACCUGCGGGAUUGGCUCCGCUCGCAGACCGUGCCACCACCGACCCUCCCCUCGAGACCACACGGCUGCGCCCUCGUCCGCAUGGGAUUUCCCACCCGCAUUAUCGCCGACGGACCCGAAUUCGUACACGCCACACGACAACAAACCGUACUGGCACGCACCGCCUACACCUGCCCCGUCUGUCAGGCGAAAAACGCCGCCUUGCCCGCGGAUUGUGCCGUCUGUGGACUCCAACUCGUACUCGCACCGCAUCUCGCACGAUCCUUUCACCAUCUCUUCCCCGUCCCGCCCUUUCGGGAAGUCCAGCCCGACACCGCGGUAGUCUCGAAUUCACAAGUGCCGGUGGUGGCUUCUAGACAGCUGCGGUUUGCCUGUCCCGACUGCCACCAAGUUUUUUGUGUGGAUUGCGAUGCCUUUCUACACGAAAGCUUGCACAAUUGCCCGGGAUGCUUGUGCCGGUAG